CCAUACGAGAAUUUCCUUCAUCGGUUAAAACGACUCAUCAGAAAACCAUCCUCACCCCUUCAACAGGGAAAUGUACGCAGUUGUUGAGUUCAAGAUUGAGGGCACUGUGGCCCUAGUUGCUGAGAGCUGGCUGACGGACGAAGACAACAUUGUCAAGUGGCCUGCAAAAUUCAAGACACAAGGCAGAAUUGACAGAGCUGUACAGAGGUGCGAGCCACCAAGCAAUGAUUAUGAGCGGUUCCCCUGUCGUGUGCUGUAUAAAACAGCCUCUUAUGAGAAAGGCAUGGCUAAAGUGCGCCAGGCACAAGACACAUCAGACAUUGGAACUGAUAUGGAAACGGAAGUGCCACCCAAGAGAAUUAUGAGGCCAAACCCACGCUAUCAGCAGGAUGCAUCAUCAGAUGAAGAAAUUGUUACUGCAAUUCAGCCACGUCGCAGUGUGAAUUCCACAUCUAACAACAGCCCAUCAGAAUUGCCAUGUCCACCACCAAGCCUCAUCCUUUCGGGGUCACCCUCGGGGUCUUCGGGGUCUUCGGGGGGUUUGAGUCGGUCCUCAUCAGCUUGCACAGCAACUGAGAAGAAACUGCUGACCCUGAUAGAAAAGGCAACCAUGAUAACUACAGAAAACCGAACCCUGCUCAUUCAAAUACUGAGAAAACUCAAUACGUCACAACAGGAGUUAGAUAAUGGUGGUUUGCCAGAAGGAUUGACUUUUCCCUUGAAAUUGUUGAGGGAUGUGAGAGACCUGGAGGCCCUCCUUCAAAAUUUCGAGAAGGAGAAGCUUUUGGUCACUUACUUAUCCAAUAUUGGUGGAGAGAAUCUUGGCAGUACGGUCAGACGAAUUCUUGUCUGCAUAUUGACCAAUGACCUUGCAAAGCAGUUUAAUUGGAUUGGAAAAGGCACAAAGGAGGCCUUCUGUAAACUUCGUCUGGUGAAUGUUGUACAUCGAGCUGUUCGCAGAAAUCCAGCCGUCAGAUCUGCGACAAAUGCUGAGAUAGAUUCCAUCAUAAAAGAUUGGUUUCGCUAUGCCAAAGACCGUGAUGGUGGAAGGGCGAGAAGAGCACGUCAGGCCAGCGUUAGUCCUUCCGAAAAUGUCAGCCAGGAAUCUACUGAAGACUAUGGUUCCAGUGAUGAACAUGACCGUCCCUGAUCGAUGAAAACCAGGGAGCCUGCAUGCAGCUAGAGAUUUUGGUUCAGAUCAGUGAGGAAUUAUAAUACACUCUUAGAGAAUGUAAAAUCUUCUACUAUUGUAUGUCACUACAUCAAGCUUGUACUAUACACAUCUUGUUUCGAUGUUUGAAGUUGAUUGAACUCAUAAUCAUUAAUGGUAAUCAGGGACUCAAUAGCAAGGUUGCCUUGAUCACGAGUGCAUUCACGUUUUUUGUACUACUUUUCUAAUGAGCCCAACUUGAGUUUCAAAUGUAAUGUUAGAAAAAAAGAAGCUUUUAUUUUAUUUUUAUAUUUACUUUUUUGUCGUGAAAAAAAUCCCAUACAGAUGGACACGUGUUUUCAAGUGGAACAAGCAAAGAUUGUUUUGUGCCAUGUGGUCUUGUGGUCGUCAUUAACCCAUAUGCAUGUUGGUUAAAAAAAGUUAUUUUGCUUGAGUUUGAAAAUAAAAAUUCAUAGCUAUUUGCAUUCUCACAGUGUCAGAUUAAUGGUGUGACAUGUCAGCGGCUGGCUUUUAUGCACAAGGUACACUCUGAAGGAUUUUAAAAAUAAUCUAAAGGAUUGUUGUGAGGGACCAACUUAAAAGCAAGGUUGUUUUGAUAACAAGUGUUUUCACUUUUUGUGUUAAAAGAGCG